AUGAAGGUUGAGAGAAUUCGGAUGGGCACGGUCCGCCAUAGGCCGAGGCAGGGGGGAAGGGAAGAUGCCGGAGGGAAGCUGGAGGCUGUGGACGUGGUCUUGAACUCGGGGACUACUCCUCCUCCUCCUCCUCCUUCCCCAGUCAGUCAGUCAGUGAGUCAGCGGAAGGUGGGCAUCGGCGGAGAUGAAAAGAAAGUGAGAGCCAGCGUCCCACCUGGACUCAACUUCCUCAACCGGAACCUUUUCUUGAUUACUCAUCGCAGAAUCAUCAUCAUCAUCUUCAGUAGCAGCGGCAAGACUUGAAAGCAUGUACACUUUAAGACGAGAUCAAGACUCGGACGUCGUCCAAGACGGAGGCCAGGAAUCCGUUCACG